AUGCACCUAGGCGAGGGUUUCGGCUGUGCUGUGCAUGACAGCAUGGAGGGCAAAGCCCUACAGCCACUACAACGCAUCGAAAGCGCCAAAUGUCGCACGGAACACUUGCUUGACGAGUUGGCCUCACGCGUCUCCAGCGCCAUAGAGAAAGCGACUGAACAUCCUGCCGCGCACCAGCAGCUGUCUGUGCAGCUAUAUGCUCCUGCACCCCGGGAUGACAACGUUGCGGCUGGUAAGGUGUGCGAUGUUACCAUGCGCUCACCGGCCGUCGCUGUGCAUAUCGUCGUGCAUAUCGUAAGUGCUGAACACACCAGGCUGCAGCUCGGAUCCAUGAAACAGGGCAAGGCCGCUAAGCCACUGGCUAGAGGCAGUGACACGUCCUCGCCCCCUACUUGCUCGUCCGAGGCACGCGCUUCACCACCUGGGAAGCGCAGUGGACGCUGCCGUACAUGGACGUGA